CUGGCAACCAGUCUGGAAGCAGACAGCGGAGUGAAUGACCAGAUAUCUCAGCUUCUCACAGAAAACAGACGUGUUUUCAGGAAUGGAAUUAUUUCGCUUUCGUUUCAUCUGGAUAAACGUCUGAGUGACCAUGCCGUGCGUCCAGACCCAGUGCGGCUCGUCCCCGCAGGGCGCCAGCCCCGCGUCUCAGAGCGCCGGCGGAGAGCGCAGCUGCGACUUCCUCACCCCGGAGUUUGUCAAGUUCAGCAUGGAUCUAACGAACAGUGAAGUCUCCGCCGCCACGUCCGGACCCGUUUUUGCUCCUUUGUCGGACGGUUACAGCACCGGGUUCGACGUGAAGCCCCCGUGUCUCUUCCAGAUCCAGGGAGAGCUACCGUGCGUAAAGGUGGAAGAGGCGUACAGGUGUCCGCGGUACCAACCGACGCACCCGUCGGACGAGCAGAUCUCCUCUCAGAGUCCUGUGUACUAUUACCGCCCCACUUCCCCGCACACAUCCAACUUCCAGACUCCACCGGGACACAUCUGGGAGGAUUCAAGUUCUUUUUACGGUUUUCGACAGGACUAUUUGGCUGCGGCGCACCGGAAAAACGCGCUCUCCAGGUUCUCUUUCAUCUCCCUGAAACAAGCGCAACACGGAAGCCAGAGUUUGUCCACCUGCCAGAUGCAGUUCGGCGGGUCCCUCCACGUGUCUAUGAACCUGGACGGAGGAGGAGCGCACCAGCCGAUGGACGACUCCCCGGUUCUGCCCUCCUCUGGCGUGCGAGGCAAGCAUCCCGAGGUGGGCUUUCCCCGCCCUCUCCUCACCCACGGUCACCUCUUCAUGGAGACCUCUCCGGUCGCCGGUAGAAGUCCGCUGAGCUCGGAGGGGCUGUGCGCGGUGUGCGGGGACAACGCAGCUUGCCAGCACUACGGAGUGCGCACCUGCGAGGGCUGCAAGGGCUUCUUCAAGCGCACAGUACAAAAGAAUGCCAAGUAUGUGUGUUUGGCAGCCAGGAGCUGCCCCGUGGACAAGCGCAGGAGGAACCGAUGUCAGUACUGUCGCUACCAGAAAUGCCUGGCGGUGGGGAUGGUCAAAGAAGUGGUGAGGACAGACAGCCUAAAAGGUCGAAGGGGUCGUCUACCGUCCAAACCUCGAGCUCUCCCAAACUCGUUCCUCCAUGGCAGCACCCUUCUGAGCGCCCUCGUCAGAGCACACGUUGAGUCCAACCCUCCAACGUCUCGCCUGGACUUCUCCAAAUUGAAAGACAGUCCAGGAAAUCCACCAGGGGACGAAACUCAGCACGUCCGGCAGUUUUACGACCUCCUGACCAGGUCGAUGGAGGUCAUUCGGGGUUGGGCUCAGAGGAUCCCAGGCUUUGCUUCCCUGCUUAAACACGACCAGGACCUCCUGUUCUACUCCGCUUUCCUGGAGCUGUUUGUCUUACGACUGUCGUACAGAUCCAACCCGAGUGAAGGGAAGAUGGUUUUCUGCGAUGGCUCGGUGUGGCACCGGCUGCAGUGCCUACGGGGCUUUGGAGAGUGGAUCGACAGCAUUGUUGAGUUCUCGGCCAACCUGCAGAGGAUGAGCCUGGAUGUUCCCACCUUCUCCUGCAUUUGCGCCCUCGCCUUGGUCACUGAGCGCCAUGGGCUGAAGGAGCCAAAGCGGGUGGAGGAGCUUCAGAGCAACGUGGUCCGGUGUUUGAGGGAUGGUUCAGAGGGAGGCGGUCCGAACCGCUGGUCCGGCCACCUGUCCAGGCUCCUGGAGAAGCUUCCAGAACUCAGAACUCUGUGCGUCCAAGGCCUGCAGAGGAUCUUCUACCUGAAGCUGGAGGACCUGGUGCCGCCACCCGCAGUCAUAGAUAAGUUAUUCCUGGACACGCUGCCCUUUUAGGGACACUUUCUGGGAUGUUUGACUUCUUCUCAUGCAGACGUGUCGGCGAUUCCUGACAGACUGAGGUCGUUGCUGCGCAUAAAAACAGCAAAUGCAUUAAAAUUCUGAGUGAAAAUCAAAGUAAAAUUGUGACCAAUUAAAAUAAUAUUUUUGGUUUGUUAACAAGUUAUAAAUAAUCACCAUCCUACCUGCUGCAGAUAGCUUUCUGAACAGUCUGGAGAAGAAGCCUUUACAACCUAUAGGAUUGAUGGGCUAAAGGCUAGUUCCAGUCUUUAGUUAUUAAUGUAAACUUCCUCAGAGACGUAAGGACUUGCUCUAUGGAAACGACAUUUUGCUGCUAGAGGUGAUGUUUAUGCGUCUAAACGUCCUAACAUCUAUGCUGAUCUAGAAAAGAGUUGUCUUUUAUCAGAUACUGCGGCUAACGACGAAAGGGUCUGUUAGGCAAGAAUAAAAAUGUUAAGCAGUUGGGUUAAGCUUUUUAUCCUACACUAGUGAAGACGCGGCUAAAGAAAGAUGCAUGACACCCAACAGGAAGUGUUUUCCAUAAUCAGGGAUGCACAUAAGUUGUGCACAAGUAAGCACGCACAUCAAACAUAGUAAAUGUGUAUUACUGUGUUUGCUAUUAUGUUCCAUUUCAUAACCGUGUUAUGUCAGUGGUGGUGUUCCUGCCAGUUCCCCCUUUAGCGUGUGUUUUUGCAACUGCGCAACACUGCCCAAGAGGCAUAAAAAGAGCACAUGCCCGUUAGAAGCUCACUCCCAGCGCAAUGUCCUUACAGGGUAAGUAGGGCCAUCACGUUUAACCCUUGAAAUAAAGCCUGAGCUAUAAAAUUAUGUCAACUUAGCAUUCAAACAAAUGUUUCCUGUUUCUCUUUAUUUCAGUAUCAUACUUGAUUUUGUCCUUACAUUUGUCCUUUAAAAAAGAAAUCUGGAUAUUUUUCUCAGAGGGCACUAUCUAGGUGGAAAAAUGGUGACACUUUAUUAUAAUUGUCUCUUUAUUACCAUUACUUAGUGCCUUUCAGUCCUAAAGCUGGUGAAUCUCUAAUUCUACAAACCUACGCUGUUUGGGAAGCUGUUUGGGGUUUGAUGGGAACUAUUUAUAACUUUUAAACUGAAACAAACUAUAGUCUGAAAUAUGAGACUUGAAGGGGAUUAAUGGUGGGAAAUGAGAGAAAAUCAGUUUGUUCCUAUGAAAAAUAUUUUAAUUUUUUCUAAGAUAUUUUUGAGCAUCAGGCAGGCCCAUCGACAUAAAAAUAUUGGACAAUGGGUUUCCAAAAGCUCCAAUGACACAUUUUUGAAGAGAAAUGGGAGGUGGCCACCACCGCCAUUUUGACCGUGUCACAGGUUCCGUCAAGCCCAGACAAUUCCACAAAAGGGAAGAGAGGUGGAGCUGAGGGUGGGGCUGUAAGGCUGGGAUCAACUGACGACACCCGGUCGAACUAGCUACAAGCUAACCUGAAGCUAACCCAAAGCUAACGCGGAGGUGGGAGCUAAGCUAACGGAGGUAGCAACCUAGCUACAACCGGAGUUAACUGUGCACAACACCAGAGCUUCUGAGUCAGAGAUGCGCCGGGCUGACCGCUGGGUAAAACCGGGUGGAACACAGAGCUCUCCCGAGACCUCCACAAGCCGGUAGCCGCACAGCAGACAAGCGCCGCUGCGAUCUGAGAUGCGCAGAGCUGCCAUUGGGGAGAACCGGGUGGAAAGGAUUCCAUCCCAGAGCUCCACAAGCCGGCAGCCCGCGCAGCAGACACAAGCCGCGAUCAGACAGAGAUGCACUGAGCUGCGGGGAGGAGAGAACCGGUGUCGGUACAAGAUCUGCUCGGGUGCAAGAUCGGCUCGGGGUCCGUCAACUGCCGAUGACGUCAAAGUAGUUGAUUGGCUGAAUAUGACCCUUACGGAAUUACGUAAUCACGUUGAUCCAGGCAAAUUUUUCUGUUGGAAAGAUGGACAACUUUUGCAAAGAAAUCCAUCAUUACCUCUCUGAAAAUACACUUUUAGCAUAGAGCUGCAUGUAUAUUAGGGCUGAACGAUUCAUUUCAUGUGCAAUUAAAUUGCGAUGUGACAAAAGGAGAUGUUCUAAUCGCAAAGGCUGCAAUUUGGCAGCGAGUGGUUAGCGCAAUGCUAAUAUACAUGGAAAAACCCAUAGGAAUGCUAAUGCUAAUAUCACCGAUUACAUUCUUACAAAUUAUGAAUUAGAAACGUGCCAAAUGAUUACAUUUGGAGUCUAAUAGAAAGUAAAACUACCAUCAAUCAAAUAAGUACAGACAGGUAUUUUAGUAAAGCCAGAAAACGUUUAACUCCAGAGUUUUGGCUAGCAGCUAUGAGCAUACCUGAACUACGCAUGGACAAGCCGUCAGAAACUCUAAACACAAAAUACUUCAAUAAACGGGACACACUUCUUUCCUGCAAAUACAAUUUCACAGGUAUUGCUAAUACCUAUGAUCCUUCAAGGGAUGUGCUCAAAGAGGAGUUCAACAUUAUGAAUAAAAUAGUGUUUUAUUUUACAAAUACCAUUAUAAACACAAACUUACGUCUUAAGAAACAUUAUUUUAAUAACAAUACUGCUAACUUCUUUCCACCACCAUAGAUGUGUUGUGUAUUUUGUCCGAGUGGGUUUGCCGUACUUUGACGUCAUCGGCAGUCGAAGGACCCCGAGCCGAUCUUGCACCCGAGCAGAUCCUGUACCGACACCGGCAGCCCACGCAGCAGACAGAAGCCGCGAUCAGACAGAGAUGUGCCGAGCUACGGGGAGGGGAGAACUGGGUGGAAAACAUCAGUCUCCCGAGAGCUCCACAAGCCGAUAGUCGGAACCCAGCUUCACCAACAUGUUAUAUUUCAACCCAUUUUCUAAAGUGCAGCAUUAUGUUAAAUGCACUGGGUUUACCCUAUUACAUUUAAAUUUCAUGGUUAAACAGUACAUGUUAAAAUCUAAGCUCAGCUCGGCAGUGACCUAAAAUACAUACAUAAAUAUAAUUUUACUUACCGAAAAAAAUGAAGUGGAGACUCCUUGGACACUCUAUUAGUGCAAUUAAUGCAACAGCAAGUCAUUUUGUCCAACAAAUAAUAUCCAAAACAGAACACACAAACACACAGACUCAAAAUCCCGGAACAGUUUCCAGGCCAGACCGAGGCUCUACUGAGGCCUUUCCACGGAGCUAGCUCUGUGGUCACGUGGGUCUGAUGCUCAUUAAUUAUACAGAAUUUUAGGCUUUUAAUACACUUAAACAGAAGAGUGAGAAAAAAAUCACCCCCCUCAGAGUUGUCAUGUGUAAACUAGAUCAUUUAAACCAAAAACAUGUGUUGGUACCAGGCUGUAAACAUGUUUAUUUCUGCUGUGAAAUUGGUAUUUUUAACAUGGGAGUCAAUGAGGAUUUGCUCGCUUCCGACACCAGCCCCUAGUGGAUGAGGGUGGAACUGCAAUUUUUGUAACCCACGUUGGCCUCAAUUUUUCACCCGCAUUGUGGGGGCUUGGGCAGGUCAUACCUUUCCACUAUAGGUGAGUAAAACCACGUGAUUCAGUCAUUUUCAGGCUUGUGUGAAAACAUUUUUGAUACAAAAUAAGUGUGUUUCUCUCUAUGCUUUUAUUUAUCAGUAGUGUGAGUUUUGACCCAGUUUGUUUUUAUUCAUGUUUAAUAAAUUAAUAUGUUUGAAAAAAUGAUGAUUGUGUUAUGUUUCCUGAGAUGUUCUUUUUAGAUUUGAGGUUUAAUUUGCUAAACAGUACAUAAGAUGAAAGUGAUUAUAAAUAUUGAUGUCAUUUGCUUUAGUAUUUUAUUAGCUCUGACUCGUCUCCACCAACAUUCUUCUCGUGCAAAAGGUCACUGUGUGUGUUUAAAACAUUCCAGUUAAAGCAGCAACACAGUGUUUGCACACUUGAAAAGGUUAAAGGUCAUUGAUGCAUUUUAUUUAUGUUGUUUAUCUUACUGCUGUUGGCGAUGUGACAUUUCUACUACCCUUUGGUCACAAGUGACAUUAAAACAUCCGUUUCUGCUUCGGUCGGCAAACAACAAAAACAGAAGAAGUGGAACAUUUAAGUAAGAGUGUAGUCUUCAAAUUCAAAAUCAGCACAGCCGGUUUACAGAAUGCUCUUCUAAAUGUAUAAAAGUGGAUUUAGGUGUUUUGAAAAAUAAGAACAGGAUGACGAUCUUGUGAGAAAUAGACCUGCAGCUGGAUUUUCCACACAGUCCUGCGGUUUGUUGGGGGAGAUGCAAACAAAUCAAUGAGAACGUCUGAUAAAUGUCAGAUUUAUUCCAGAGAUGAUGGGGACUGAUUUUAGUUGGGGGGUUGGUAGGCGGAGUCUGCAGAUUACAGAUAUUCAAACUCAAUUCAAAUUCAAAGAUACUUUAUUAAUCCCAGAGGGAAAUUAGAGUUUCAGUAAACACAGUUCAGAGAUCAGACAUACAUAGGCAAAGACGCAUGAAAAGAAUUGGUGACUGUGGUCAUUCGCAACCCUGAGUCGCGCUACCUUAAUAGAGAUAAGAGGGUUACAUGAGGAUUGGUUCAGGUGGAGGGAAAAAGGCACUUCAGAGUUACCGUCCACAGGGAGGGCAGCUUUGCUCUGCAAAAAACACCUCAGACAGAAAUGCAACCGACUUCAGACAUUACACAACAUAAGUGUCCACUAGGUGGGGAGGUGGGUUUGGGACUCUCCACACGUCAGUUCCUGCAGCUACGAUAAGCAGCGCACGUCACCUCAGUGUGGACAGGGGAGGGAGGUCGUUGAGGUUUGGAGGGCACAGUGACUCCUGGAACAAUUCGGCAGCCUUCACAGCCCGCAGUCCCGCCCAGGCUGGGAUAGGAGACAGAGUUGCCAUAGCGACGGCAGGAUUCCACAUUUCUUCUGAGGGGGAGUAUUCGUUGCAGCCUCACAGGCUCAAGGGCACCAGAUUCAGAUUAGAAAUUGUUUUGGGGCCAGACAGAGAUAAUUUCCUCUCUGUCUUAAAGUUCCGUUGGUCCUCAACCUCUCAAAAUCCCAAUAAUGGCGUAAAUUAAUCUAUCCCAAUCCGUGCUGAUUUGUCCACUUUCUCCUUGAUGGCAUCCAUCGUUUGUGCCAACGCAUGAAUCUCAGCCAAAGUUCCAAGCUUACGAUUCAUCUCGACAAUUAUGCGAGUCUGUGAAUUCACAGUGCGGUGUAAUCCAUCCCUGAGCUGGGGAGAGCGCCAAUAUUCCUCGACAGCUUGUUAAUUUUCCGGUAAGCCAGGAAGCCUCCAAGGCCAAAGAGCAGGAAACCUGACACCAACACCAGGAAUAUCCACACAUCUUCAGAAUCCUCUACAGACAGCUGAGAGAAACAUAUCAGGUUCCACUGUUCCAGGAGUCCAUGAUAUGCUCAACUGGGUCUGUCCCAGAGGGGCAACCGGGAGCCCCUUCUCCCGUUCUCAUCAUUGAAAAAAUUUGAUCAAUCGCCUUAAGUGACCAACUGACGAGAUCAUUUUUAGUAAUUUCAGUUUCCAGUUUCCAGAAAAAAUGCUGAAGCAGCCGUGCACCCAAAGACAGGCAAAAAGCCUUGAGGAUAAGAUAGGGAGGAGAGGAGGAAAAAAGCGUCUGCACUCUCCAAGAGCCGGAAGAAGAAGUGAAAAUGUCAGGAUUGUCUAAUGAGUUUUGAAAGAACAGCGUCUGGACUUCUUUGAGUUGCUUGAAGACGUUUCACCUCUCAUCCGAGACGCGUCUUCAGUUCUAAGGUCAAAUGGUGGAGAGUCCCAGAUUUAAACCCAGUAGGAGUUUCCCCCCGAGGAGGGAACAAAAGACCCCCUGAUGAUCUUCUACAUAAACACAUUGAGAGUGGGUGUGGGUCCUAUUCAGCCAGAGUUUCGGGUGAGCUCAUUGUGAAACCUGGCCCCACCCUAUCAUGUGAAUUCCUGAGGUCAGGACUCUCCACCAUUUGACCUUAGAACUGAAGAAGCCUCUCGGAUGAGAGGUGAAACGUCUUCAAGCAACUCAAAGAAGUCCAGACGCUUUUCUUUCAAAGCUCAUUAGACUACAAUGACCUGGAUGACUGAGAACCUUCACAGACAAAUGUCAGGAUUAUGUACAGGUUCUUCUGAUGCAGGAACACAGACAACAAAAAGAGCAAAUGAUUAUGGGUCUCCAGGCUCAUGAAGGCCUAAACACAUUAAUGUGUCAAAUAAAUGCAAAGAGCAACUUUCAAGCAUAAUCUUCUGGUGAUUAAUGGAGAGAGUGUCUAUGUUAACUGAAAUGUUAUUUUGAAAAUGUUUAAAAGAAAGAGGUGUCUCAGCUGGGUUUAACCAGUGAUGUCACGGUCCCAAAGAAGAUUGUCUGACUCACUGAAUCACAAAAUCUUGGGCUUUAGAAGUUUUAGCUAGAUUAAUUUGCACUGAUAACCUCCGUUUACAAAAGGAAUCUAACCAGCAACUGCUGGUUUUAAGGGCCGCAAAAGGCUAAAAUGUUAUGCAUUCGCUGUAGCAUGAGAUUACAUAUAAUGUCUUUUUUCCAAGAUGUUAUUUCAAUGAAACAUUUAGUGUUAUUAUUAUUUCCUUCCCUCCCAAAUCCAUUUCUGCAUAUGGAGUCAAGUGUUUCAGGGUUUGUGAUGGAGAUCUCCACCCUGGAACACGUAAACGUAGAUUAUUCUAGAGCCUGGCCACCAGAAGCUGCUUGUUUUGAGGAUCCUGAGGCCCUCAGGCUGCUUGGAGCAGCACAGCAACCUGGUGUUUUUCAUCCGGAGGACGUAUACCUCUUUCUGCAGACUUUGAUCUCAGCAGUUGUCCAGCUUCUGUAGAGCUUUAACCGUUAUCGCUGUCUGGCCAGAGACCACCAAGCAUCAGGGUCAGAUGAUGGAUUGAUAGACAGGUUGCUGGUUAUUCUCAACGUGUAAUCUGAGAUUAAUAGAGCUUUCUCAUCAGAUGCUUUAAUUAAUCUAAAUAAGGAAGUCUUACCUGUAUUUUAUAAAGAUCAUUAUCAUCUCCAAAUUAUCUAAAAGGGGCAGAGUUUUUUAUACCUGUUUCACUCAAAUU